UGGGGGGGCGGGGUAUGGAUCGCUGUGCGGCGCAGGGCGGCUGGCACAAACGGCGGCGCCGGGGCCGGAGGAAAAAGCUCGCUACCCUGACGAGUCCCUUGCCAAGCCCCUAGGGACGGCAGAGGACUUGGGGAUCAGCAAGCACCCCCAGGGCACGAGAAGAGUCCCCGCUGCUUGCCCUGCCUCACCCUGCCCCACGCCAGGCCCGGCGGCCCCCGGCUGCAUCAAGUGGAGGAGGAGGCAGAGGAGGGUGGCACCAUGGGCCUGGGCCGUGCCCUCCAUGCCCGGGGGAUGAAGACAUUGCUGCCAUGGACAGCCCAUGCCAGCCACAGCCCCUGAGUCAGGCUCUCCCUCAGUUGCCAGGGUCUGUGUCAGAGCCCUUGGAGCCUGGACGAGCCAGUAUGGGGGUGGAGAGUUACCUGUCCUGUCCCCUGCUACCUUCCUACCACCAUCCAGCAGCACCUGGUGAGGCCUCGGCAGGGAGUGGGACUCCCAGAGCCACAGCCACCUCUGCCAGCCCCCUGCGGGAGGGCUUCGGUGGGCAGGAUGGUGGUGAGCUGCGGCCGCUGCAGAGUGAAGGUGCUGCGGCACUGGUCACCAAGGGGUGCCAGCGACUGGCGGCCCAGGGCGCCCGGCCUGAGGCCCCAAAACGGAAAUGGGCAGAGGAUGGUGGGGAUGCCCCUUCACCCUGCAAGCGGCCCUGGGCCAGGCAAGAAAACCAGGAGGCAGAGGGGGAGGGUGGCAUGGGCUGCCGAAGCGGCAGUGGCAAGGCAAGUGCCGGACCAAGGGAGGAGGCACUGCCCUCCGCCCUAGAGCGCUUGGCUCUGGACUAUAUUGUACCCUGCAUGCGGUUCUAUGGCAUCUGCGUCAAGGACAGCUUCCUGGGGGCGGCACUGGGCGGUCGUGUGCUGGCCGAGGUAGAGGCUCUGAAGCGGGGUGGGCGCCUGCGUGAUGGGCAGCUAGUGAGCCAGCGGGCUAUCCCGCCGCGCAGCAUCCGCGGGGACCAGAUCACCUGGGUGGAAGGCAACGAGCCAGGCUGCCGUAGUAUAGGUGCCCUCAUGGGCCACGUGGAUGCUGUGAUCCGCCACUGCACUGGGCAGCUGGGCAACUACAUCAUCAAUGGGCGCACCAAGGCCAUGGUGGCGUGUUACCCAGGCAACGGGCUGGGAUACGUGAGGCACGUUGACAAUCCCCACGGCGAUGGGCGCUGCAUCACCUGUAUCUAUUACCUGAAUCAGAACUGGGAUGUUAAGGUGCAUGGCGGCCUGCUGCAGAUCUUCCCUGAGGGCCGGCCUGUGGUAGCCAACAUCGAGCCCCUCUUUGACCGGUUGCUCAUUUUCUGGUCUGACCGGCGGAACCCCCACGAGGUGAAGCCAGCCUAUGCCACCAGGUACGCCAUCACUGUCUGGUAUUUUGAUGCCAAGGAGCGGGCAGCAGCCAAAGACAAGUAUCAGCUAGCAUCAGGACAGAAAGGUGUCCAAGUACCUGUAUCACAGCCGACUACGCCCACCUAGUGGCCAGCCCCACAGCUGCAUGGACAGACAACUUGCUCUGACUUCAGGCGAGCCUGGGCCCUGUGCCAGCAGCCCCCCAGUCUCGGGUGCCUGCUCCUUCCCCGCCACCACUGCUGCUUCUGACUUUGCCUCUGUCCUGCCUGGUGUGGAGGGCUCUGUCUGUCACUGAGGACCAAGAAGGAGGAGAGACCUCUGCUGCCCCAUGACCGGGGCUGGGGUUGUGACCUGGGCAGGGGCCAGCAUUGGGGGCUGCCAUUACUGAAGCUGGGACCUGUGUCCUGCCCUGUCUAGUUAUGCCCCCAUUAGGUGUGGAGAGCUGGGAGGAGGCAUUGGCACCUCCCACCAGGAUGCAGGAUUUGGGGUUGGGGUGAGUCAUGGCCUCUUGCUGGCAAAGGUUUGUGCGGGGGAUAUCCUCAAGCCCCUCUACUCCUCCAGCCUGGAAUGUGAAGUGACUCCCCAACCCCACUGGCCAUGGCACCUUUUGGACUGGGCUGCUUGGGCAGGGUAAAAGGUGCCAGGAGGAGAACAGGUGUGGAAGUCCUGUCAGCCAAGAAAGAAGUAAAAGUUUACCUCAGAGCUGUGCA